UUACCGGCCUAGAGGUCUUUCUGCUUGACAAUGCUGCCUGUUCGGAAGGGUACCUUGUAGGGGUGAUCAAUUACUGGAUUGGGCUAGGAUCUUCUUUUCACAUACCGACCGUCUUCUUGCUCUUCUUUUUAUAG